AUGGCCGGCUCAACCCACGGAGACGGCCCGCCCGCGGCUCGCAGUCCGCGCUCCAGAUCGCCUGUAGGCACAGAAGACUCGGGUCGACUGCUGUUACCGCUUCGACUGGGGCCAAAGAACGAGACACAGGAUAUAUACAACCCCUCCCCUUCUGACAACGCGCCCAGGAUCAUGCGGUCUGCCGCCACAGGCUCCCCCUUGUCGCCCAAAGAGCCUGGUGAAUUUCCCUUCCAUGCGCCAGGGAAUGCAAAUGGAGGCAACUAUCUCACUGAACAAGCCUCUGAGGUCCCCAUGAGGGCCUCGAAGCCGUCCUCGCACAUGUCCAAUGCCUCAUCGAGCUCCUACUACCCACCCUUUGCCCCCGUAUCCCGACACCCUACCGAGGGUGAGCUUUCAGACGUCCCGAGAGAACGCAAGAGCGUUCAGUUCGCCCGUUCCGCCACAUUCACAUCCGAGCAGCCAGGGGGAACAUCACGGCAGCAGUCAUGGGAGGUGGACGAGGGCGAUGGCAAGGGCAAGGAGCGGACACAGGCCUCAUCACUCAUGGGCAAGUUGCGGGCACUGGCAUCGCCAUCAAGCCACGGCCGGAGUAUGAGUGCCUUUGCUGGAGGAUCCUCUGGCCCCGAGGGCGUAUCACCCCACGGCCAAUUGUCACCCACAUCCGAGUACGACGAGCUGCGAUUCGAAGGUCACGAUAGCGAAGCCGACGCCGAUGGGGAGUCCAGUGCAGGCGAGGGUGCGUUGAGAAGGCCCAGGCAGAAGAGGAGGAAGAGCAGCCGGCGCUGGUUUGAGGGCGAAGUCGAGGGCACUCAGACGGCACCUACAACCCCCAAACAGACCGGCUUCUUCUCACGAGACACACGAGACUCGCCGAGCAUGACACCCACCUCGUCGCGCCCGGGCUUCCUUCGCCGCUCCACCAUGGACGAUAUACCCGAGAAUGAGCGCCAAGGCUAUUCAGAAGACGAGGGCCGCUCUCGUAUAGCAAAGGAGAGCGCUUGGAGUCGUGGCCUGCACAGUGCUAGGGGGCUUUCAUAUGGCGGUCUGCGGAGACACGACCCCAACGCCGACGAAGAAGGCCAGCAAAGCAGACCCACCAACCUGCGCAGCCUGACAACCUUCAGGGGUGCCGCCGGUGAUGGCCAGCCGUCGCCGUGGCGGAUGCGCAGUGAGCGGACGUCAAGUCUGAGUGCCCAGAAGUGGAAGUCCAUUAAGCAGAGCCUCAAGCUUUUGGGUAACCGUCAAAAGGCUGAGCGUCAGAUUGAUCACGCAAAGUCUGCUGAACUCAUGGCUGAACUGCUCGCAGGAGCGCCCGCAGCCUUGUUCCUUGCCAGUAUGUUCCAGCGUGACGAGCAUGGCCACAAGCGGAUACCUGUCUUGUUAGAACAGCUCAAGGUCACCAUUACCGAUACGGACCGUCCCGCCAGGAAAGAGGGUGAUCGUCACACGGCUUUGCGCAUUGAGCUGGAAUAUGGCAGUGGUCUAACCCGCAUGAAGUGGGUCGUCUACAGGAGUGUCGCUGACUUUGCCAAUCUGCAUCUCAAGUUCAAGGUCCAGGAGAAGCAAGACGCCUUCAGGAGUCGUCCCGCGAAGCGAGAAAUCAAAGACAAGACUGCAAAGGACGGCGAGAAUGACGGGGAAGAGGAAAAGGAGGACCCGCGUACAAAGCUACCGCGCUUCCCUAGAAGUGUGUUACCCUAUCUUCGAGGUCUUCGUGGCUAUGGUAUCCUAGACGACGAGGAAGAAGAGGAAGAGGAAGAGACUGCAGUUGGCGGUGCCGCCAGUGGACCCGACGGCGAUGCAAGCGCUACCGAACGCCCCGCCAGAGCAAAGCGAGGCAAGUCGUCCUUCCUGGGCCGCAGACAGUCAAGCGUGAGUGGUAGUCAGGCUCAAGGCGCCGUUGGCGGACUCGCAACAAGACAAGGUAGUUUUGCGGGCACCGUCGGGCAGCCACUGCAAGCAAAACAGAACCAUCACGAACGACAACGGAAGAAGCUCGAGUCUUACCUGCGAGGACUCAUGACCUACCUCAUUUUCCGUCCUGACAGCAACCGGCUGUGCAAGUUUCUUGAGCUCUCUGCCCUCGGUGUCCGAUUAGCUGCUGAAGGCGGCUACCACGGUAAAGAGGGGUACAUGAUGAUCAAGUCAUCCAAGGGUGUCGACAAUAGGAAAGGCUGGACCAAGAUCGCCCUGAUGAAUCGUCAUUGGCCAAAGUGGUUCCUUGUUAGGCACAGCUACGUCGUCUGCGUAGACUCUCCCGAGGAGAUGAACGUCUACGAUGUCUUCUUGGUGGAUGCCGACUUCAGUCUUGAGUCCAAGAGCGGCAGGAUACGGGAUAAGAAAGCCAGGGACAUUGCGAGUGAAGCAAAGGCAUCCGCGACUGGUCACCACCAGCUGAAGCUUGUCAAUGCUGAGCGUAAGAUGAAGCUACUCGCUAGGAACGACCGUAUGCUGCAGCAAUUUGAAGAGUCAAUCAACUUCAUGUCGCAAAACACUCUGUGGUCUCAACGCCAACGAUUCGACAGUUUUGCUCCAGUGCGCAAGAAGAUCUACGCCCAGUGGCUGGUUGACGGUCGCGACUACAUGUGGAAUGUGUCACGAGCAAUCAGCAUGGCUCGAGACGUCAUCUACAUUCACGAUUGGUGGCUAAGUCCUGAGCUCUACCUCCGUCGUCCAGCUGCCAUCAGCCAAAAGUGGCGGCUCGACAGACUGCUGCAACGCAAGGCGCAGGAAGGCGUCAAGAUUUUUGUGAUUAUGUAUCGCAACAUCGGUGCCGCCAUCCCCAUCGACUCUGAAUACUCAAAGUUCUCCUUGCUCGAUCUUCACCCCAACAUCUUCGUACAGCGCUCGCCAAACCAGAUCCGUCAAAAUACGUUCUUCUGGUCGCAUCACGAGAAGAUUUGCGUCAUCGACCACACCGUUGCUUUCUGCGGAGGUGUCGACUUGUGUUUCGGUCGCUGGGACACACCACAGCACGUCGUGGUAGACGACAAGCCCACUGGCUUUGAGCUCGACGAUACCCCGAAGGACGCCGAUCACUGUCAAUUGUGGCCGGGUAAGGAUUAUUCCAAUCCUCGUGUACAAGAUUUCUUCGCUCUCGACAAACCCUAUGAAGAGAUGUACGAUCGCGCGAAGGUGCCCAGGAUGCCAUGGCACGACGUCGGCAUGCAAAUCGUUGGCCAGCCUGCCCGCGAUCUGACCCGUCACUUCGUCCAGCGUUGGAACUAUCUCCUACGCCAGAGGAAGCCUUCUCGACCUACGCCCUUCCUCCUGCCACCGCCCGACUUCAACCCAGCUGACAUAGAAGCCCUGGGUCUCGAUGGAACCUGCGAAGUGCAGAUCCUCCGUUCUGCCUGUGCCUGGUCUCUGGGAACUCCCAACAAGGUCGAGCACAGCAUCAUGAACGCAUAUGUGCAAAUGAUUGCCACGUCGGAACAUUUCGUCUACAUUGAGAACCAGUUCUACAUUAGUAGCAGCGAAGUGCUCGGCACCAAGAUUGAAAACAAGAUCAACGACGCAAUCGUCGACCGUAUCAAGCGUGCGCACGCAAAUGACGAAGACUGGAGAGCGUGCAUCAUGUUGCCGUUGAUGCCUGGAUACCAGAAUACUGUCGAUGAACAAGAAGGUAGCAGUGUCCGCCUCAUCAUGACGUGCCAGUAUCACAGUAUCUGCCGUGGAGAAGGAUCCAUCUUUGGUCGUCUGCGGGCUGCUGGCAUUGAGCCCGAAGACUACAUUCAGUUCUACGCUCUGAGGUCAUGGGGCGAGGUUGGUCCGAACAAAAUGCUUGUCACGGAACAGCUCUACAUUCACGCCAAGAUCAUGGUAGUUGACGAUCGAGUUGCUAUCAUCGGAUCUGCAAACAUCAACGAGCGGUCUAUGUUGGGUUCACGAGAUUCUGAAGUUGCAGCCAUCAUCCGCGAUACUGAACUACUUGACUCGUACAUGGGUGGUCAGCCAUACAAGGUCGGCAAGUUCCCCCACACCCUGCGAAUGCGUCUCAUGCGCGAGCAUCUCGGCAUCGAUGUCGAUUGCAUCUCAGAAGAGGAAAUUAUCAGCCAGAUGUCCGAUGAUGCCGAUAGUGUCGGCUUUCACACUGAGUCAUCUGGGCCUGGAUCGCCGACAGCCCAGCGCGCGACUGAACAGAAGCUGGAAGAGAACAACUACAGAAUGCAGGAUGAGCUUAUAGAAAAGGCCGAAAAGCUGCACAGCUUCAACCACGACUUCGACUGGGCGCAGGACCAGAACCCUCACCUACAUAAUAGCAAAAAGCCUUCCGCGGAUACCCGUGUACAGAACAAUACCGCGCAUACCAAGGACGUUCGUGGCGAAGGGCCCGACCACAUGCUCGAAGUUUCACAGCACCGACCGGAGAUAUCUCAGGGCAGGGACUCUUACAUUGACGAGCACGGCCACGAGAAGCUUGUGACGGAUAUUGCUGCAGAAGGCCAUGCGGCCACUCCAAGGAAGAGUGGCACACUCAAAACACGAAAGCGUAGUGGUACCACAGGUACUCGGCAUAGUACAACUAGCGCGCAGACAGACGGAACUGGAUACGCUGGUCUUCCACCCCCCAAGCUUCCGCGUAUGGAUACGACGAAGCUGGGUCUUACACAGCUCAGUCAGCUCCCUGCACUGCCAAUCUUGGACGAUACCGAUAUCGGUGGGCCUCCUGCUCUCCAACGCAGCUUCAGUCAAGGUUCGUCCGCUGCAAUCAACCCUCUUCUCUCAGAGAUGCGACGGCCCAUCGUCACCGAAGACUGCAUGCGCGAUCCCAUCAACGAUAGCUUCUUCCUCGACACCUGGCACCAGAUUGCGGAGAACAACACCAAGUUGUUCCGGCAAGUCUUCCGCUGCAUGCCCGACAACGAAGUACGAACAUGGAAGGAAUACCAAGAGUAUGCUGCCUUCUCCGAGCGCUUCACCAAAUCCCAGGGCGGCGACAAGGGCCAAAUGCACAAGCAGCAAGACGCACCCGGUACCACCGGUCCACCAGGAACAGGUAUCACCAGCAAGCUCACCUCCACAGCCGGCAACAUGGGCAAGCAAGUCGGCGCCCUCGGCGAGAAGCUCAGUGAGAAGAUGACCAACAACUCCGAUGGCAACCGCGGAGGUCCCCAAGGCGAGAACACGCACCACUCCAGCAUGGGUGGCGUCGAACAAUGGGCCGAAGACCAAGAACAACGCGUCCAAUCCAGCAAACUUGCCCCUACCGCUGCUGGUUCUCGUCAAAACCUCCACCUCGACACCGCAUCCGGCUCCACACUCAACGAGAAGCUCGCCCCCGAACCCGCCGACGACGCCGUCGUCAGUCCCAUGAACCCUGGCCUCCCUGAAAAAACCUUCACCUUCCCCGCCCCUCCACCCAUCCCCUCCGACUUUGCCAGCACAGACUUCGCCUCGCAUCCUCCACCGCAAACCUCGCACUCGAUGCGUGACCGCGGCCGCCAAGUCACUAUCUCCGAACCUGUUGCUCAUCCCAAUCAAACGGGCCAAGCAACAGGAAGCACGCCCAAUCGCUCCAACACUAAGCGCUCUAGGAGACGCGCGACGACUAAGAGCUCGAAUAAGACGUUCAAUGCGACGGAUGCGGAUAUCAUGCUUGAUAAGGAGGAUGCGAAGAGGUUGCUGGAAUUGGUCCAGGGACAUAUUGUACUUUGGCCGUAUGAUUGGCUGGAGAGUGAGGAGAGAGGCGGUGGGUGGUUGUAUAAUGUGGAUCAAAUUGCGCCGUUGGAGAUUUAG